CCGCCGGUUCGGCUACCAACAGGCUCCAGAUCAGCCCGCAGAAACACCGCCUAGUUUUGAAACUUCAGUAAACUCUCCGCGACGCGAUUGGCCGGAGCCAUUGACGCAAAGCACGAAUGUUUCAUAGCGAUUGGAGGGGAUGCCUGUCAAUAGACGUCUGUCAAAAUGAUGGGCCAAUUGGAGGCCGGGUCUGGCUCUUUGUUCCUCCCGUUUGCUGGGUGACGCAGAGGGUCAUGUGUUGUUUGUGCUGUGGCCCGUAGAGAUGUGUACAGGAGGAGAAGGGAACGGAUUGCUAACCGAGCUAGCCGGAGCCUCCCGAUUACAGAAACGCCGCCGAACGUGGUCAUGUUGCACACGGUAGGCUUUAUUUCGUGAAAAGAGCCCGCUUUGGAAUACCUAUCCGGCCGUUAAGGGGCCGAGGGGACUCGCUUUUUGACGGAAUAAUAAAGCCGGUGUGUGAGGAUUGCAAAUCUGAGCCGUGCCAGUCAACGUUAGCUGGCCUAGCCGGACUCGGGAGCUCGUCUCCCAAAACAAGAAUGGGGUCUUGGUCCGCUCGGAUUAGCUUGCUAGUAAAGUGACCCCUGAUUUUAGUCUCUGAUGGCAAAUUUCACGAACUACCAGGAAGGCAAGGCUGCGAUGUUGAUGGUGGAGACGCAGCAGAGGGACGUGGGGACGAAAGCCGUGGCCGCAAACGGAGACGGCUCGGUCGAACCCCCUUCCCCGUUAAUUAAUAUCGGCGGUGGCGGAGGAGUCGGAGGAGGCGGCUCUCGUUUCCACCAGCAUUUACCGCCCUCCAACCACCUCCACCAUCCGCACCACCACCCGCCUAAGGAUCAGCAGCAGCACCAUCACUACCAGCUGGCCCCACAGCAGCAUCUUUCCGGGGAAAACAUCGCAGAGUCCCCGAGCAGGAAAGCCUCCUCCUCCUCGUCCCUCAGCCAGGUACACGCCGCCGAGGACCCCGCCGCUUCCUCCGCCGCGAGCGGCAGCAGUAGCAGCCAUGUAUACGCGGCGGUGAAUGUCGCAAAUACCUCGGACGUUGUGGAUGAUAUUCGGAAGUGUGGUUAUCUGAGGAAGCAGAAGCAUGGACACAAGAGGUUCUUCGUGCUCCGGGCUGCCAGCCACCUCGGGCCGAGCCGCCUGGAGUACUACGACAGCGAGAAGAAAUUCAGGAACAGCCUGCGCUCUGCUGCCGCGGCCGCCGCGAGCGGCGGAGCGGUUGCCCCUUCUCCCCCGAAAAGGGUGAUUUACCUCUAUCAGUGCUUCACGGUGAACAAAAGGGCCGAUUCCAAAAACAAACACCUCAUUGCCCUUUACACUAAGGACGAGUACUUUGCCAUCGUGGCUGAGAACGAGCAGGAGCAGGAGGACUGGUAUGUAGCUGUGAGUGAGCUGAUGAGUGAAGGCAAGAAGGGCCACUUGGAUUCAGAUGAUUUGGAUGAUGGAUACGGUACAGUCACUCCUGGUACUGUAUUCAAAGAGGUGUGGCAGGUGAAUGUAAAACCUAAAGGACUGGGUCAAACUAAAAACCUCACAGGUGUUUACCGGCUAUGCCUCUCAACUAAAACCAUUCACCUCGUUAAGUUGAACUCUGAGACCCCCUGUGUGAACCUCCAGCUGAUGAACAUUAGGCGCUGUGGACAUUCAGAAAGCUUCUUUUUCAUCGAGGUGGGUCGCUCCUCUUCUAUUGGGCCCGGGGAGAUAUGGAUGCAGGUGGAUGAUUCUGUCGUUGCCCAAAACAUGCACGAGACUAUCCUGGAGACAAUGAAAGCCUUGAAAGCUUUUGCGGAGUUUCGGCCAAGGAGCAAGAGCCAGUCAUCGGGCUCCAAUCCCAUGUCAUUCAUCACGACCCGACGCCACCUGGGCAACCUACCACCGAGUCAGACUGGGCUGCAGCGGCGGUCGAGGACGGAGUCAGUUGUCGGGACGCCACCAUCGAGUAAAAGCUCCGGGGCUAGUGGUUAUCGCUUCCGUACAUCAAGCGAGGGUGAGGGGACGAUGAACAGGCCGUUCCGCUCCGCCACAGGAAGCCUGGUCCACCUGAACUCAGCACGAGCCCACCAUGGUCGCCAGGAGGGGAGCGGUGGCGGCAGUGGGAGCGGUGUAGCCACAGGAAAUGCUGGCACCAGCACUUGCAGCGGGCGCUACAUCAGAGCUAUCCCAGGUUCAUCAUCCACCUAUCACGCCCGCUCCGCCUCGCUUCCAGUCUCCCACUUCCCCUCCACCACCAGCCCUGUCAGCGUCUCCUCCAGCAGCGGCCACGGCUCUGUCUCUGAUACUCUCACCCGCCCAUCAAGCGCCUCGAUAUGCGGCUCCCCAUCUGACGGAGGCUUCAACUCCUCAGAUGAGUAUGGCUCCAGCCCCGGUGACUUCCGGUACUUCCGGGUGCGGAGUAACACACCCGACUCUCUGGGCAACACCCCGCCAAUCAGAGAGGAGAACUGUCUGAAUGAUUACAUGGCCAUGGGCUGGAACCGGGAGGUGUUUGGCGCCAGUGGGGGCUCUGGAAACAACAGUGGAGGCGACACACCGCGUGACGAAAGCACGUCAACAACAGAGGAUGAGCGGUUUUCUUCUUCAUCACUGAGAAGGAGGACGCACUCUUUCACCAGACCUGCUGGCGGGGCAACUGGCGGCUCCGGAGUGGCAGUUUAUCAAAAAAUGACCCAGACCAACUUCUCAUUGGACGAGGGCUCAGAUGUGGUGUUACCAUUCGGCAGUGGGCUGCUCCGUGGUGGGCCUUCGUCCUCCUCUUCCUCACUCCGCUCCGACUACAGCUCCUGCUCUGAACACAGCCAGCAGAGCCGACCCUCCACGCUCUCCAGAACGGAGGCCGGAGCCGAGCGCCCACCUCUUUCCUCUUCCUCUGCCAAGGAGGACAGCGGCUACAUGCCCAUGAUGUGCGGCGUGGCUGCGUCUCCACGGGACACUCCCCCCGACUACAUGCCUAUGCAACCCACUUCUUACUCCCAUUCCCCUCAGUUUCACAGUCCAGCUUUAGCUGCCCGUUCAGCCCACCAUCACCCACAGCUUCAGUCUCAAUCCUCCACGGACUCCCACGGCUACAUGAUGAUGCUCCCAGGGGGCAGCGGCAGCUCCCCCUCCCCAGUGCAGGCCUCUCAGAGCCCUCACAGCAGCUCCAGCAUGGCAGGUGCUGGUGGGAGCGACAGCAUAGCAGAGAGACCUGAGAACGGUGAAUAUAUGGACAUGUCGUACAGCAGCAGCAGUGGACGCAAGCUCUCACAUGAAGGGAGCAGUGGGUAUUUCACACCUGCUACACCUGAGGGCACCCCAAAGUCUUAUAGCCCUUAUUUCUCCCUCCCUCGCUCCUAUAAAGCCCCAACCAGAGAGAGAGAUGAAAAAGAAUAUGGGGAAUAUGUUCCUAUGAGUUCUCCUGCCAAGCCAGUCUAUUCAUCAGUUGCCACAGCUUCAGUAUCAACACCAGAGAAGAGGGGUGGAGGAGGUAGUAGCACAUCCACCCCCUCUCACCCACCUCCGCCUUAUGGAGCCCACCAUACGACUGCAGCCAUGGCUGACAGGCGCAUCGUGAGGCCCAACCGCCUCCCUUUAGGCAGAAGGAGUUUCCACGGUCCUUUGCGGGUUAGUGAACCCUCUACUGCGUCUGCAGGCACCUCAACUUCAGUCCCCGCCACUGGCAGUUCGUCUGAAAAGCCUUCCAGUCCUGGAGAGUAUAUUAACAUUGAGUUUGGGGAUCACUACCCUCACCAACAGCAGCCCCCCGCCUAUCCUCUCUCUGCCCAAGACGAAGCGCUCCUGGGAUCCAGUGAUCACCGUCGCUCCCCUCCCCAGCCCCAAACUCACCAGGACUAUAUGAGUGUGGAGGUGGGGGCUGAUCAGCAGGACAGUGCUGGAUGUCUGGGUAAGAACCAGUCACCCAGGCCCAGCCUUGUUGCCCCCUGGAACCCACCCAGUUACAUCCGACCCCUGGCUAUCAAUCCUGGGGCGCUGGCCUCCCCUGGAGUGCAGGCCGGAGGUCAUUGGAGGUCGAUCGGGGACGACUACACGGACAUGACAUUUAACCUCAGCAGAGGUGAGAGGACUCAAACAAGCCCCACAGCCAUGCUGCAGCAUCUCUGUAUGAUUGAGGGACGUUAUGGUCACGCUCCCUCUGCCUCCUCCUCUUCCAUUUCUCCUCCGCUCCCUCCGUCGAGCCCAGGCCGGGCUCUGACACACCAGCUAGAGCCCAAGGUGGUUCGAGCCGACCAGGGCAGGAGGAGACACAGCUCGGAGACAUUCUCCUCCACCUCCUCCUCUAAUUCAACUCCUCCUGGAGGAGGACUCUGCCCCUCAUCCUCAGCCACCCACCCCUCACUGGCUAAUCCUGCAGCCCCCAAUGGAUCUUACCUAACGGAGGGUCAGGCUUCCAGAUGGGCCAGCUCAGCAUCGUUCGACAGUGUGUGGAUGUCUGUGGAGGGUAUGGGGGACUCGCCGGCUCACCAUGCCCCAGCAAGAACCACAGAAGUGGGCCUGGGCUCUGGGACCUCGACAUCCUCCUCCUCCUCGGGUGCUGCAGCCAGUAGAAUGUGCAGGAACAUGUCUGUUGGUUACCAGAGCCUCAACUACAUUGCCUUGGAGCUGCGGGAGGAUGGUAGUAUGGGAGCCAUGACGUCGGGCGCCAGUAGCAGUAAUGGGAGCAUGGCGGCGGUGGGGACUGUGCCUCUGCCCGAGAACGGAGCCUAUGCCAGUAUCGACUUCACCAAAUCAGAUGGAGUCACUACAACAACCAAGGACUGAGCAACAGAGGUUCCUCACCUCUUCUUCCUCAUCCUCAUCUCUCUGCUCGGGGCAUUUGACUCUGUGACCUUUGGCCUCCCCGUCGUGACCUCUGACCUUCCUUCAGACUGAAAAGCUGCCACCUCCUGGACGCAGACAACUACAGCAAACAUCACAACAUGACAAAAAACGCUUGCAGUUUUUUUUAAAAAAGUGUAUUUCAUCUUUGUUUUUCUUGUGUUUUUAUAUGCAUAUCUCGUCCUGUUUUUUUUUCCUCGUCUUUUCCCCCCUCUCUUGCUGCCGGUGUUUGCUGCUCUUCCCCCCUCCGGUUCGACAGUGAACUUUGACUGAAGGGUGUCACCACAACCGCUGAUUGUCCUUUUAUCAGAUGGUCCUGCUUCUCCGUACGCGAUUAAAAAGGGAAGUUGGAAUUCAAAGCAAAGGCAUUAUGGUACCAACUUGGAUUUUUUUUAACUUAAAAUAUUAACUUUCAUCAUUUAUUAUUACAAUUAUUAUUUUUUAAUUUACCCUAUGUGUAAUCCUUCCCCAGCACCGUAAAGUCAUUACAUUUUCGACAAAGUUGUGGUAGAAAAUUUCUAUUUUUUUAAUUAAUUUACCCGAUUCUUCCCCCUUAAAUGGUACGAGCUCAUGGCUGGGUCCAUUUUAGCUUCAGAGAGGCGUUGCACAGGUACUGCGAUCUUUGGGUUAAUAUUUUGCACGGCGCUCUCUGCUCCGAGAAUGACUGGGUUAUUAUGAGUUUAUCGUUGUGUGAAUGCAAUGGGAAUUCUUAAAGCAUUACUUUUUUCAUUUUAUAUACUGCGUAUUAUUUAUUUGUUGCAGCAGGUACAGAUAUUCCAGUACAUUUCUUUGUUUGCAUCUGUGACUGAUGGUACUCAACAGGGUGGCGAAACAACGCUGACAUGUUAAAAUCGGUCUUAUUUUGAAAAUUUUGCUUUCAUGCUGAGAGUUAAGAGAAGAUUUUUGUACAUGUUUGCUAAAUAUGAAGCUAUAGGUAACAGCUUGUUAGGUUAGCUUAGCAUACAGACUGGAAAUAGCCAUCUAAGGUACUAUAAUCUGCCUGCUAGCACUGCUAAAUUAGCACAGUAUAACAACGUUAAGGACAGUUUUCCCUUUCAUGAGGUGAUAUGUCAUAUUUAUAGCAUUUAUAAUUAAUAAUCACAAGCAAAACACUCUGGAAACCAGAAAGUUGGUUGUUUCAAUCACAAUAUAACAUUAUUUAGCGACUGUUAGAAGUGCUGCUAGCUCUUUAUGCUAAGCUAUGGUGACAUGUUAUAUUUAUUAUAAUAAUAGUUAAUAAUUACAAGCAAAACACCCUGGAAAACAGAAAAUUGGUAGCUGCAAUCACAAUAUAGCAUUAAUUAACGACUGUUAGAAGUGCUGCUAGCUCUUUAUGCUAAGCUAAGGUGGCAUGUCAUAUAUUUGUAAUAAUAAUAAAAAAAUCACUAGCAAAACACCCUGGAAAACAGAAAAUUGGUAGUUUCAAUCACAAUAUGAUGAUGAUGAUGAUAUUUAGCGAUUGUUAGAAGUGCUGCUAGUUCUUUAUGCUAAGCUAAGGUGACAUGUUCGUUGAGUCAGAGUGAUCCCAAAUAACUCUCGGCAAGAAAGCCCAUCAGUGUUUUGUUUCCUUUUUAAAUGUCAAAUUACCACAUGCAUCAGGAGGUUUUGAGACAUGGCUGCUGUGGAUGGAAAGAAAUAGCAAAUAGUCAGAUAUCCCGCCCUGCUGGCUGCACAGAAAACGGUUUGGCAGAUGGAAAUAGUUGGGUUUUUUUGUUGUUUGUUUCAUACAUAUUCAGUUUUACCUCAUAUGGUCCGUAGCACAGUUCAGGUUAGCAAGGAAGAGUGGUACCAACACACACACACACACACACACACACACACACACACACACACACACACACACACACACACACACACACACACACACACCUAUGAGAAAGGUAAAAGCACAAAGUACAGACACUGGGACGCAAACACAAGGCUAAUGCACACACAUGGAAAUGCAAGUGCAUGGUAUACUGUACUUUGGAGACAGUGACAUGUAUGCACACACACACACACACACACACACACACACACACGGCUGUAAGUCAUGAAGACAUAUGCCACCGUCAUGUGGUGUGUCCCGUGCUUGCCCUUCGAACACACACACACACGGAGUAGUCAUGCAGCCCUAUUUAGGCGAGGGUAAUUCCUGUGUUGCCCCCGUUUCGGCACUUUGUCAGCGGCUCCUGAUGACGUUCAGGAUUUUUCACACACACACAUACAUGCGGGGCUGUUCGUCAGCGGCUCCCGGUGACGUAAAGAGGCUUCCAGUAACCCGAGCUUCGGCCCCAGGUGGACAUAGUUGCCCCAUGACAACUACACACACUCUCUUCAAUCAAUCCAAUCUUAGCCGAGGCCUGCUGCAUUUAGCGUUUCUAAACCCCGCUACUCUCCCACAACGGUUUUCAUAGAGAAAAGCGCUCAAACACAAAGACUGACAGUCGGCGUGGCCCACAGAGUUUCAAGUUUUCUUCUUUUGUUUGAUAUUCACUCGUCUAAUGCUAACUUUGUCCUUUUUGUCAGCGCACUCUUUUUUCUUUUUGUUGUUUUUGUAAUUUGCUUGGACAGAUGAAGGCCUGUCACUCUUGCUGCGCUUUUGUGUGGGACGCAUCGUCAUUGUCGUCCCUGCAGAGCCCCGCACAGCAGGGGUGCAGAGCUGGGAGGGGGGCCGAGGUAUCGCGUCUAGUUUAAACAAAUUGCAUUAUCGCAGUAAAAAAGGUGAGUUUUCUGUGAUUGACAGCUCACUUGAUGCUCUCUGAACUGCACGGAUGCAGCGAACUCUGCACAUCUGGCUCUCCACGUUCAUCUCAGUCAAAAAUCUAGAUUGAGAACGUGCAAAAAUGCAUUUUCAGUUGUCACGGUUGCAGAAAUUUCAAUAUUUUUUUUUUUACUAUUUCAGUGGAGGCACUGAAAAUAUUUUGUCAUAUCUUGCACACUGUUAUGAACUUCUUUGCAUAUUACUUUAUGCACGCAAGAUUAAUAAAUGCGUCUCGUGUGGUGCAAGAAAAACAAUUUCUCUGGAUGUCAGGGCUACAAAAACUACACUUAAAUGAAAUUGUCUGCUGCUAAAACUGAAUUCUCUGUUGUCUUUUUAAAGCCGUCAGUGUCUCACUUUCACAAAUGCCUAAAACUCAGCUGGAACUGUAGCAUGUGCACCGAAUGGUUUCAUUUUGGUCAAACAGGGCUGCACCGAUUCAUGGCUUAUCCUUUCAUUUCAUUUUAGUUUGAAUUAAACAGUGGGUGUAGUUCAGAGUGUGUCAGGUUUGAGACUGACUAAUCGCUAAAACUUUCUAUUUCAUAAUCCCACCAACCAGCUGCUCCGAUUAGAACAAAUUAUCCCUCUUCCGACCGUCCCGGCUCCCCUUUCUUUCCAAAUUCCAACCAGAAAUUUACUACAAAAGGAGCGUUAAAGAGAAUCAAGAGGUAAUGAAAAGGUUUUUUUUUUUUGUUUUUUUUUUUUUGUGGAGGUGAAAUCGGUACAGAAGUAUCAGAGGGAAAAAAAAGCCCCCUUCCUCAGCAGAUCCACGGUCUGCGUUAAAAAUGCUGUCUAAAGAUUUUAUGCCUGUGAUGUGUCUUAUAUGUACAUUAUGAACAAUUUGAGAUAUUUCCCUUUUUUGUGAGCGAACAAAGAAUUGAAUACAAGAAUAUUUAGACAGCGGCUGCUGCCCCCCCAAGACAAAAUGAGAAGAUUUAGUUUCUUACGUUUGUUUUUGUGUACUUACUAUGCUACGGCGAUGCGUUGCUUUUGGGGUUUUAAUGCUUAUGGCAAAAAAACGGUAGAGAUGCGAGAUUUUGGGGCGGCGGGGGGAGUUUGUGGAAUAAUCGCCCUUUAAUUUAUUUGAAAAAUGUCGGACUUUAAACCCUCUUUUUUUGUCAUUACUGAAUUAAUUUACACAGAAUCUGUGUUUAUUUUGGCAACAAUUCAACCUCAAACUGUCCUUUUUCUUGUUCGGGGUGGAGAAAUGAGAAAGACCUUUUGUUAUAUAUAUAUAUCUAUAAAUGUAGAUAUAUAUAUAAAUAUAUACACAUAUAUAUAAUCCUCGCAGAGAAGCAUCGUUAUGCAAACUUUUGUUUCCUUUUUUCCUCUAAUCUUUUGAUUUAUUUUGUAUUCUAGUUUACAGAGGGGGAAAAAUCAUCUUAUUCUUGGUUGUUUUGUUGCAUCGGGGCGUCUGAAAAAACAAAGCGACACAAGGGUAGUUUUUUUAAGAGUACAUAGGCAUUUUUGCAGUUAUUUGUAUAAAGAAAAUGGGUUCCAACCUGCCUAAUGUUUAUUUUUUUGUAACUAUAUUACAGUUUAUUUGCUGCUGUGUAGAACAGUUAACAGUUGGAAAUGCUGUCGAUGAGGAUGAAGAUGAUGCCCUGGUAUCAGGGGGAAGAAGCAAAAAUUAGAUCCUACUCUACCCUGCUACCUGUGUUCUUAUUUUCCGAGUUGAAUGCUGUUGUUUAUUAGCUUUACAGGAAAGAGAGAGUUUAAAAAAAAUACUGUGGAGGUGUUUAUCCUUCGUAUGUGCAUUAUUUUUUGGCGACGUACGUCCUAAAAAAAAAGAAAACUGUUGGAAAUGGAAAUAUUCCUUGCGUAAAUAAGGAAAACUCAACUUGUCGCUUUUUUCAUGUUAUGAUCGGCGCCUUGGCAGGUGCAACCCCUUUUUAUUUUUUGUUUUCAUUUUCUGCUCUUUCUCUUUGUUUCCUCGUGGAAGGAAAAGGGGGUUAGGAGGGCCGCUCAGAGGCAAUUUGAGCGUCGGCAUAGUGUUUAUAUUUAUCAAAACUUUUUGCUUUCGAUAGAGCUAUUGCAAUAAAAAUGUGUUCAUGUAA